AGCCGUGGAACAUGAGGAACUUGUGGGGAAGAAUAGAAACUACGCGUGCCGUUGUGUACGAGAUACUAGGAACUAGGAACUAGUUUAGUUUCUAUUUUACUUCACAAGAAGAGGGCGUCUGGCCUCCACAGAGGCUCAAUUUGCCCGCAUUAGAAACUAAUGUGUCCCCUACAAACUGAAUGUGUACUAACCUCUUCAUUUCAUAGAGGUAGAUUUGCGACAUUUAGGUAUUAUCACGUUAAACUGGAUUAUGUACUAUUAUAGAUGCGAAACAUAAAAAAGAGGUUAUAAAGUUUCAGAUGUAUUUACAAAUGAUGUGCUGUUACUGGCGAUCAACGAAUCGUCAAUACAUUAAGAUUAAUAAUGUAAUUAGACUAUACAGUUAUGUUCCAAGUAAAAAAAAAAAUAAUGUACCAUCACAAAUAAGUAAAUCGACAAAAUUUCCUGAACAUGAACUAAUUUAUGCUUUUCCAUAUAUUGGGUAUUUCCGAAUGUUAAAUCUGUUAAAACGUAAUACAACAAUUUUGGCCGGAGCAAGCAUCCCAAUAAGUAUAGCAUUACAAGCAUCAGGUUUCAUGUCAGGUCAAGAUACUAUAAACCUGAUAUGUUUUAGUUUGAUAAUUACUUUUUGGUGUCACACUGUUUGUUAUGUAUGCAAUAAUUUGAUUGGUUCUAUAUAUUUCAAGGAAGACAAUCAAGAAGUUAUAAUAUCAUAUUUGAAUUAUUGGGGUAAAAGAAUAGAUUUAAAAACUCAUAUUAACCAUAUUGUACCUCUUACAGAGACACCCUUAAAUAUCUUCUAUAUUCUCUAUAGAAAUUUAAAUGUUAUAUCGCAUAAACAAAAGUUAAAAAUAAACAUACGAUAUGGAAGGAUUACUGAAGAAACACGGUUUGCAAAUAUUGUUGGUGAUAUUUUAUAAAUUGUGUAAUUUAUUUAUAUAAAUUCUGCUAUUAUAUACAAAUAAUAUGCUGGUUUACAGUACCUCUAUAUCCA